AUGCCUAAAUCUGGUUUCAUGGGCCUUGAUGCUUUCGGCAAAACACUCGAAGAGGGUAGAAUCAGACAUAGCUUUGGUGGCUACUUGACUAUAAUCUGUGCCAUUCUCAUUUCUCUCCUCACUUUCCACGAGUUCCGCGAUUACACGUCGAUCGACUUGAAACCGCGAAUCCAAGUUGAUCAAUCGAGGUCUGAGCAGCUUCAAAUUAACUUCAAUAUCACUUUCCCAAGAGUUCCCUGCUACCUCCUCUCUAUGGACGUUAUGGAUGUUAGCGGUGAGCAAGUACGUGACCUCAGACAUGCGAUCGUGCGUACAAGACUUUCUCAAUCUGGUGAGCCCUUGGAUGGUAUGAAGACGGCUGGGAUGAGUGGUUACCUCAAUGAGAAAGCAAAACCACGCGAGUGUGGUAGCUGUUAUGGUGGUGUACCACCCAACGAGGAGGGCUGCUGUUAUACUUGCGACCAAGUUCGCGACGCUUAUGUUAACCAAGGGUGGUCUUUCGUGAAUCCAGACGGUGUUAAACAGUGCGUAGAUGAACAUUGGGCAGAGCGCGUUAAAGAGCAGAGCAAUGAGGGUUGUAAUGUUGCUGGUCUGGUUGAUGUUAACAAGGUGGUCGGCAACUUCCACAUCAGUCCAGGUCGUUCAUUCCAAUCAAACGCUCAUCAUAUCCAUGACCUUGUCCCAUACCUCAAAAACACAAACACGCAUCACGACUUUGGUCACCAACUUCACCAUUUCAGCUUCAAGUCGACAAACGAGCCUGCGAACAGCGAGGAGCUCAAGUCGCUACUUAAUAUCAACGACCCUCUCAGCAAUACCAAAGCACACACCGAAGUGUCCAACUAUAUGUUCCAGUAUUUCGUCAAAGUAGUCUCAACUGACUUUGAUUUCUUGAAUGGGGAUAAGUUCAAUUCACAUCAGUACUCUGCAACAGCACAUGAGCGCAAUUUGGAUGAGAAGGGGAUCUACGCAAAGGAUACCCAUGGUCAGACUGUGAUGCACGGUAUCGAGGGAUUCCCGGGUGUUUUCUUCAAUUACGAUAUCAGCCCGCUUCGGGUGAUAUACACGGAGACUCAUCGCUCUUUGGCUAGCUUCCUCACGUCGACAUGCGCCAUUGUCGGUGGGGUGCUCACCGUUGCGUCACUCAUUGACGCAGGCGUCUUUGGCGCUAAACAGAGAAUGGGUGGAAAGGCGACAAGUCAUAGCUCAGCCGAUGGCAAAUUGCUUUGA